UUCUUAAUAACCCCUCAUUAAUAUGCAUGAUGUGGGGAGGGCAAUAACGGCUGAGCGCACACCACUAAUUCAAUUUCAGCAAGCCUCCGUGUGUUUAGUUAAUCACCGGGGGACCAGGGUUACUCAGUACAAUUAUUUAUUCGGAAUUAGAUCUGGAGGCAUCUGGAUUGAAAGCCAAACCAGGAAUCAAACGAAGAAAGGGAUUCUCUCUGCAGUGCCAUGGGGCCGCGAUCCCUGGCUGAAGGGUGCAGCACAGCCCUCCUGAAGCUCUGGGCGCUGGAGCAGCUCCAUGCCCUGUGCCAAGGGCUUCUGUUCCUGUCUGUCCUUUCGUUUAUCGGAGUUGGUUGGGUGUUUUUUGUUGUUGUUGUUGUUGUAUUUUUUCGCUUCUGGUUUUGCUUUUUAAUUCAAUAUUUUGUCCCUGUGCUCCCGCUGCCCUUGCUGGAUGAAAACACUGUGUUAUUGAAUCCUGCCCUGCAGCAGCUCAGUGAGAAUUGGGUUUCCUGGGCUGCAAUAAGGCUGAGUUGGAGCUGAGACGGGAGCACAUGCAGGAGGAGCCGGCAGCAGCCGAAGGCUGUUCCAGUGGCAGCCGCAUCACACGGCCCUGCGCUGUGCUCACUGCCAGCCCCUGGGGCCUCUGCUGCUGCUCCUCAGAGCCCCCCACAGCCCCCCAGAGCUCUCAGCCAUUUUCCCAGCGCUCGGUGAAGGGAAGCCAAUGAGCCAACAAUUAUCUGCUAUUUAUCUCAACCCCAAAGCACAGAUUUGUGGCUGUAAUUUCGCAGGCCGGCAGCUCCAGUACUUCUCGCUGUCGGCGGGGCGCUGGGCCCUUCUCGCACGUGAUGGAUGUCUUUAAUUCCUCCCCGCGCCCUCCCGCCGAGCUAACGCCGCCACCGCAGCCGCCGUUGGGCUACGAAUAACGAUUUUUGCUCAAAGGCGCUCAGGAACAGCUGAAAAACAUUCCGUGAGGUUUGCGCCGAGCUGAGCCGCCCCCCGCCCCUGUAUCAGUCGCAUCACCAGCCGGGCUCGGAUCCCGCAGGUGUCGGGGCAGCGCUUUGCGACGAGGCGGCGGUUUGCGACUCACUUUCCGGCAGCGCUCGCUACGCCUCGCUUUCCGGCAGAGUGGCGCCCUCGCGGCGCGCCUGCGCCGCUCGCUUUACGGCACGGUGUCGCGCUCUGUCGGUGGUUGGCGACAGUUUGGCGGCGGCGGGGCCCGGUCGGCGCUAUGGACGUCGGGGAGCUGCUGAGCUACCAGCCCAACCGAGGGACGAAGCGGCCCCGUGAUGAAGAGGAGGAAGAAAUCAAAGCACGUCGGAAACAAGUGAGCGCGCGGGAGCACGGGCGUCACAGGGAAGAGGAGUCGGCUGUGCAGGAGGAGACCGAUGACGAGAAGAAGAAACUUCUUCAGAUAAUCGAAAGGGAUGGAGAAGAGGAGGACGAAGAGGAGGAACCUCUGGAUGAAAGCUCGGUGAAAAAGAUGAUUCUCACCUUUGAGAAGAGAUCUUACAAAAACCAGGAGCUGCGGAUCAAGUUUCCUGACAAUCCGGAGAAGUUCAUGGAAUCCGAACUGGAUUUAAAUGACAUCAUUCAGGAGAUGCAUGUGAUUGCGACGAUGCCGGACCUGUACCACCUGCUGGUGGAGCUGAAUGCAGUGCAGUCUCUCCUCGGGCUGCUUGGACACGACAACACAGAUGUUUCCAUAGCUGUGGUAGACUUGCUCCAAGAGCUGACUGAUAUAGAUACUCUCCAUGAGAGUGAAGAAGGAGCUGAAGUCCUCAUAGACGCUCUGGUGGAGGGUCAGGUCGUGGCCUUGUUGGUGCAGAAUUUAGAGCGCCUGGAUGAAAGUGUGAAGGAGGAAGCUGAUGGUGUCCACAACACUCUUGCAAUCGUUGAGAACAUGGCAGAGUUCCGACCAGAGAUGUGCACAGAAGCUGCGCAGCAGGGCCUCAUGCAGUGGCUGCUCAAGAGGCUGAAGGCUAAGAUGCCCUUUGAUGCCAACAAGCUGUACUGCAGUGAGGUGCUGGCUAUUUUGCUCCAGAAUAAUGACGACAACAGAGAAUUGCUCGGGGAGCUGGAUGGGAUCGAUGUGCUGCUUCAGCAGUUAUCUGUGUUUAAACGACAUAACCCCAGUACAGCAGAAGAACAGGAAAUGAUGGAGAACCUGUUUGACUCUCUUUGUUCCUGCCUGAUGCUCAGUUCCAACCGGGAUCGGUUCCUAAAAGGCGAGGGUCUCCAGCUGAUGAAUCUCAUGCUUAGAGAAAAGAAGAUUUCCCGCAGCAGUGCCCUGAAGGUGCUGGAUCACGCCAUGAUUGGACCCGAGGGCACAGAUAACUGCCACAAAUUUGUUGACAUUCUUGGCCUGAGGACCAUCUUUCCACUCUUCAUGAAAUCACCCAAGAAGAUCAAGAAGGUUGGAACCACUGAAAAAGAGCAUGAAGAACAUGUCUGCUCCAUCCUGGCCUCCCUCCUGCGAAACCUGAGAGGGCAGCAGAGGACGCGGCUGCUGAAUAAGUUUACAGAGAACGACAGUGAGAAGGUUGAUAGGCUGAUGGAACUGUAUUUUAAGUACCUGGAUGCAAUGCAGGCAGCUGAUAAGAAGAUUGAUGGAGAGAAACAUGACAUGGUGCGCCGAGGAGAGAUAAUAGAUGAUGACAUGGAAGACGAAUUCUAUCUCCGCCGCCUGGAUGCUGGUCUCUUUGUUCUGCAGCUCAUUUCCUACAUCAUGGCAGAAAUCUGUAAUGCCAAUGUUCCCCAGAUCCAUCAGAGAGUCCAUCAGAUUCUGAACAUGAGGGGCAGCUCCAUUAAAAUCGUUCGACACAUACUGAAGGAGUAUGCAGAGAACAUCGGGGAUGGGAAGAACCAGGAGUUCCGUGAGAGCGAGCAGAAGCGGAUCGUGGACCUGCUGGAGAACUUCUGAGGCUCAGGGCUGAGCUCUGCGCUUCCCGGGGCGACGCGGCCUCUGUUUCCCCUCCUGCUGCUGCUCUCUUCCAGCCUCGAUUGCACGACGAAAGCCAUGUUUCUAUGAAACUAUUCUACGUGAGAUGUUGGAGAUAUUAAAGAUCAGUUUGCUUUUUUCUUUUUA